AUGGCCUGGGCUGCCCUGGACUGUGGCCAGUCUGAAUGUCUUGUCAACCUAGCGGCCUCAGGAAGGGUAGCGGCAGAAGGUCGAGUUGUGGGCCACGGGGCCACCGAGGGUGUGGAUGGCCCUGAGCCGGCGAGUGUGGAUCUCCGCAGUGGAUCCAACAAGGCAUCCAGCGGAGAAUCCUCUUCCACAGUAGGAUAUUUUCUGGCCGCUUCUGUCGUCGGAACCAGCCGGCAGGCGCCGGAGUGGGCUGUCCGGAAAGGGGCGGAUACCCGCCUAUACCAGAGGAAGCGCUCGUCACCCGAAGCCGCUGGAAAACCUGUUUCCCACUCCCGGCGCAAGCCACUUCCGUACUGGGCACGUCGGUCUCUUUAUCCGUUAAGUAGGGAUGCGCGGAAGUGUGGGUUUAAUGGGCAAGGCCUCGGAAGCGCCUGUCCACCCCGGGCUCUUUCUCCAUCGUCCGAACAUCCGGACGCUGCGCCCAGCUUUUCCGAAAGCGCGAGGUGCGGCUCCCGCCUCAGUUUCCGCGCGGCCUUGGCGCAAGCCCACGUCCUUUCCUCCCGCCAUACUCUUCAGGUUCUCAAUCAUACAAACGGGGAGCACUUAGCGAAGUCCAGGGCGGCCUGGAAAUGCGCCGUAAAGGAGCGCCACCAAGCACGACGGGGCGAAAGGGUGUUGGGGGUCCUCCACGCGGGACUGCCCUUACUGGGUUGCUGGUCUCCGAUGGAGAAGAGAUGGAGAAUCUGCAGCCCGCACGCGCACAGUACACCUUCUCCACUAGCCCCCACCCGCCGGCGCGCUCACAUCUCCAGAGGUCAGGAGGGGAGGGCGACGAAAACAGGCGGCAGUCUCCACGUGGGGUAACCCCGAACAUUAGGCUCACCCCCGUCUGGAGAGGCGCUCUCUGGAGUCGGAGUGGGCGCGCUUCCUGCUUCCCCAGCACCGAGGCCUGCGCACCUAGUGUUCGGCACCGCGGGCUAAGGGCAGGUCUUCCCACGUGGGUGGACGAGCCCUGCCCCGUGACCUCUACUCCCCUGUUCCCAUGGCUCCAAGAACCUCGGCUGAUCCCCUACCCUCCCCCCAAUCCACUUGGCCUCUGGUGACCACCCCCGCACAGGCCUCUGGGUGAUAUCCCGUAAUUCACCUCCCUCUUAGGUGACUUCUGUCACCCCCCGACCGGCCGUCAUGGACCCCGCCCCCCCAGACUCUGUACUGCCUCCUGGUGAUUUUCACAAAUCCCAUGUGACCCCUACGGACCGCAGACGGCCCCUGUUUUUG